AGUCAAUCGGCCAAGUUGGUACACACUACAUCAAAGCGAACCGUUUGACACGAGAACAGAUGAGCGAUGUUUAUGAUGCAAGUCGGCUUUGGGAGUUUCCUGUGGUGCCGGAGAACGAGGAUAUGCGUGAAAGAGUCCUCGAAGAAUACUCAUUUGAUACCCAUCGGGAUAACAAUCUCUCGACCUUUGUGCAGAGCUUAGCCAAUUCACUUGCGACAAUUACUCGUUGCAAAGUGGUGUGUCUGACUAUUGUGAAGGGCGAUAAGCAGAUCUUCUACGGAAACCAUGGACUCAAAGUUAACACAACACCUCGGUCACAGUCAUUCUGUGCCCAUGCGAUAAAUAAGCCGAAGGAGCCUUUAAUUGUGCUGAAUGCGUUGGAAGACAACCGCUUCGCCGAAAACCCGCUUGUUCUGGGCGAUCCGAACAUCAGGUUCUACCAUGGCGUCCCGUUGGUGAAUAUGGACGGUGCAGCAUUGGGUGCCCUGUGCAGUAUUAAUGACCAGCCUUCACGGCUGCGGCCUGACCAGGAGGCAGCGCUGAAUUUGAUGGCCAAGAUGUGCGUGGCUCAAUUAGAACUCGUCCGUAUAUUCCGAAUGGCAAGGUUCGACGAUGACGAAAACCGGGCCAAACGAGCGAAGACUAUAAAGCAUAUCCGUAAUGUGUUGGGGAAGAACAUUGCCUUCCUACCUUCGUCAAACGCCAGGCUGCAUGUACACAUAGAGAACUCGGGCAAUGUAUACGACGAGUUUGAGAAAUUGCUACGCGAUGAGAAUGGCAGCAUGAUGAUGUUCUUUCAACUCGGCAAAGAACAAAAUCUCGAGCAACUCAUGUUCUGGCAGCUGACUGAGGUUUAUAGAGAACGGCCCUGUGUGGAAUACCUGGUAGGCGCUGUAGACGCCUUCUUGAUCACGAACUCCCAAUAUGAGGU